AUGUCGGACUUGAACGUGAACGAGAAUGAAAGGGGAGCAAACCCGAGUGCUUCUGAAGUACUACGAGCAGCAGCUCAUCAGUUAAUAGACGAUCUCGCGCAAAAUCCCGUAGGUCGCCAACGCAACUCUAAUGAAGGAGGUGAUGAACAAAAGGUGGCAUAUGCAACUUUCAAACUGACCGGUGAGGCAAAAAGAUGGUGGAUCUCAGAAAGAACUAUCCGAGAAGCAGGGGGAACAGAAAUAGUCAGUUGGCCACAUUUUAAGCAGAUUUUUCUUGAGCGAUUUUUCCCAAGCUCGGCUCGAGAGGACAAGGCAAUGGAAUUUGCCACUCUGGUGCAGGGAUCCAUGACGGUGCACCAAUAUGCAGCUAGAUUCAUUGAAUUAUCUCGUUUUGCUGCGUAUCUGAUUCCUGACGAAGAAAAGAAAGCGCGUAAAUUCGAACAAGGGCUGAAUGAAAAACUUUAUGAGCGAGUAGUGGGCUUCCAGAUUCGAAAUUUCUCAGAAUUGGUAGAUAAGGCCACAGUUUUUGAGCGAAGCCUUCAAAGGAGCGCUGCAUUGCACGAUCAGAAGAAGAGGACUAUUUCUUCGGGGCCUCAUUUUGGUAUGGACCAAGGAGCGUGGAAAAAGAGAAAUGAAGGUAGUAGCUCAGGAAAAAGAAUGGUUCAGGGCACCCAUCAAGCGUAUCAAUGUAGAACUUGCAACCGAGUGCAUACUGGAGUAUGCAGGAAGGAAGCGGGACUAUGCUACCGUUGUGGCAGAUCGGGCCAUUAUCUCAGGGACUGCCCUCUACGAUUGGAUAACAGCAGGCCCCCACCACCACCUAGAACAGAAGGGACAGCGCGAGGCAACAUGCAGCGUACUACUGCACCUGCAAGGGUUUUUGCUCUGACACCUGGAGAGGCGGAGGAUAGGAAUGAUGUGAUCACGGGUAUGACUUCUUGGUUAUGUUUUUAA